AACUCACAAUUCAUGAGAUUCGAAUUUAAAACUUAUAACUUACUAAUCAAGAUUAAUAUUACUAAACCGUAGAGAAAAUAAACGUUAAGAGUUGAACUAAGAGAAAGAUGGGCAAAUGCCUUCCUAGACAGAGCAAUAUUCAGUAAGAGAAGCCCAGCUUCUUUUGGGCAACAAAAGUUGGGCUCAUCCACAAAUUGAGACCAAUUGAAGGACCAACAACAAACGUCGGAGUUAGCACAAGGCGGCCGUCAACUCCUCAGACCAACACGCUCCUUCUAUUGCCACUGCUGCAGGCUGCGGCCCCCUUUCUUUCCCUCAAGGUAUUUUUUGAGGGAAGGAGUGAGUGUCGGGGUUAUGGCUAAAGCCCUUGAUUUGCAGGACUUCCUUCUCCGCGGUCGAGUCUUGAAGCUUUAUAGGCAAGCACUUCGGAUUACCCGAAGAGCCCCUGUGGAUUCCAGAGGUGAACUAAGAUCGAUGAUUCGACAAGAACUGGAGAACAACCGGCAGUGCAGUGACAGGCAACGGACUCGUUUUCUGCUUAGCGAAGGAUUGGAGAGAUUGAAACGUCUCGACGAGAUGCUUGACAUGCAAGGUCAUUAAUUCUUAUUCCUUAAUUUGUAGUUUUUGAACAAGAACAUGCGACCCAUUCUGCAUUUGUUAACAUAUGAUGUUUGUUUCGAAUUCAUUUGUAUUUCUUGUGUUUCAA